AUGACUAAUCCAUACAACAACAUUUCACCUCUUCUUGAAGAAGAGAAUAAAAAUAAUAUCACCAUUAACUCAUUGCAAUCAUCAAUCGUUGAUAAUACAUUAGAAUCAAGUUCUGGAAGUUUAAUUUUUACUAGUACAAAUGACAGUGAAAAUUACUUUACAACCUCAACUUCAAAUACCACUAUUACUA